CAUCUGGAGAGGGCCAAAUGUGAACUGCGUUGACAGUACUGGAUACACUCCACUGCACCAUGCUGCUUUGAAUGGUCAUAAGGAUGUGGUGGAAGUUCUGCUGAGGAACGAUGCACUAACCAACGUCGCAGACUGUAAAGGCUGUUACCCUCUCCACCUGGCAGCUUGGAAAGGAGAUGCAGACAUAGUGAAGCUCCUCAUCCACCAGGGACCUUCGCAUACUAAAGUGAAUGAGCAGAAUGCUCUUGAGAUCAAAGAACUCAAAAAGUACGGCCCCUUUGACCCAUAUAUCAAUGCCAAGGUGUGUACUUUGCUGUCAGCAUUUCACUGCAUCAUUACUCCAAGCUGCACUCGUGUGCUUCCAGGUGCAAUGUCAUCCAGUUGCAGUAAUACCUGUUCAGUUUGCAGCUGCUUGGGGAAAAGUAAAAUGUGACCAUUUAUUUACUGUGGGUUUCUUUCUUCAAAGCAGUUAUAGAAACAUAAUUUAAGGGAAGCUUUUUCUUACUUUCCU